AUGAAGGCCGCAGUACUCCUCUCACUUGGCGCUCUUGCGCUUGCCGCUCCCACUCAAGACGAGAGCCAAGGCACCAAGAUUCCAUUUUCCAGGAAGAGACACCAACAUGUCAAGAAGUCAGAUGGUGCCAUCGACCUUGACUGGUUCAUGGGAACGCUGAAAUACACAAUUCUCAAGUACAACAAGAAUUUUGCUCUGCCGGACAUCGUCGACAAGGCCAACCUGAUCCUGAAGAGAGAUACGAAUGCAGAGGAGAAGCUCACAGAUUUCACCGAGGGCCAAGAAGAUGAGCUCUACUAUGGUGCAGGCACUGUCGGCUCUGCCAACCAGGUCUUCCAAUUCGACUUCGACACUGGUUCGUCGGACACCUUCGUCCCAGGACCAAAGUGCGGCACAGCACAGGGCUGCUCGGGAAGCACAAAAUACAAUCAAGGCGGACAGGACGAGCAUAAUACCACUACUGUCACCUACGGCUCUGGUCAAGUUUCUGGCGAGAACUACUUCGACAGCGUGACCGUUGCCGGUCUGACCGCCACCCACCAAAAUAUCAUCUCCCUGACACAAGCUCAAGGCUUCUCCGGCACAGGAUCUGACUCCCUGAUGGGCAUGGCUUUCCAAUCCAUCGCCAACAGCAAACAGCCACCCUUCUUCUUCACCCUCAUCAACCAGAACAAGGUCAACCCAACCGAAUUCUCCUUCUACCUCGGGCGCCAAAAGUCCGGCACUACCGGUCUUUCAGAAAUGACUCUCGGUGGUCGUGACUCCAGCCGCUACACCGGAGCCUUUACUCCAGUUCCAGUCACAAGCCAGACUUACUGGCAAGUCGCCAUCGACGGCGCCACAGUCGGCUCCAACCCAACUCUCCCCACAACCCAAGGCCAAGCCGCAAUCGACACCGGCACAACCCUCAUCAUCGCCCCAACGCUUGCCGCAGCCUCCAUCUUCGCCCAAAUCCCAGGCUCCAUCCCCCUCCCUCUCGGCGUCGGUGUCCCACUCAUCACCCUCUUCGCAUACCCCUGCGCCUCGAACCCGAAGGUCGCUUUGAAAUUCGCCGGCAAGAAUUUCGCUAUCAACCCCUUGGACUUCAACUUUGGUACUGUCACUGAGGAUAUAGCUCUCGACCUCGGAAUCGAUCUCAGCGCACUUACCAACCAGUUUUGCAUUGCUGGAAUUGCUGGUGCGGAUCUUGAUCCUACUGAGGAGCUUUAUGUCGUUGGUGAUACGUUCCUCAAGAACUGGUAUAGCACGUAUCAGUAUGUUAACCCGCAGAAGGCUUUUGUGAAUUUUGCUGCGGCGAAGGGGAAUCAAUAG